CUUGCCUCCGCGACGCGCUCCUAUUCGAAACAUCAAACACUUCAAAAUGCCAUCGCAGCAGGACGAGAAACGCCAAGCUGCGCGUGAAGUCAUUGAUAUCUUAUACGAGAUCUCAACACUAUUGAACACCCACCUCGACCGCACUGAACUAUCUUUAUGCGUGUCCCUCAUCGAGAAUGGUGUCAAUCCAGAGGCACUUUCUACUGUUAUCAAGGAGUUGCGAAGAGAGGCCUCCGCCGCUACUACUGCCCCGGACGCUUGAAGCUCGACAUCAAAUGAGAUUAACAGCAACCCGUACGGUUUCGAAAUUAUAAAUUCUUAAUAUGCAAGCAAGCUUUUUACAUGUCAAUGCUGAGC